AUGUUUCCACAAGGAAUAUGGUAUCCAACUCUCCCUCUCCUCUAUACACCCAGUGUACUUCUAGCCAAACUGUCUUCUCGCAUUCACAAUAGUUUCCAGAAACCACUGUCCAUGGGCAUUGAGGAUGUCACCAGCUCAAUACCCCUCAAUGCCCAAUGGCGUCUCUUGUUCCUAGUGCAAACCACGACCAAGAUCAAGGUUUGGGGCAAGACUGUUGGAAUUCCAGACCUGUUUUUAGAAUUCCAAGACACCAAUGGUGAUGUGAAGGCAUUCUGGGUCAUCAAAGUCACCUUCACACAGACCAACAAAGACAUUAUGACAAAAAUCCAGGGUUACAUGAAAAAAUGCAAGGAUCUUGUCUCAGUGACCAUCAUUGAUGCCUGCAAGUUACACCCUUACCAAAAACCCAAGGACACAUUGGCAGUGGCAGCGUGGGCCCAGGAGAGAGAUGUGCUCACAUUUAUGGAAUGGUGCAAUGAUGAUGACAUUCCAGCCUAUGGGCCAGUCAUGUCCAAUGUCCCAUAUCAGUGGGCCUCACCAUUGACAAUCACAAUUAAGAUAUGGGUAUGA